AUGAACAUCACUCAGCUCAUCUGUCUCCUGGGCUUUGUGAUACGCUUGUCCAAUGCAGCCAAUACCACAUUCACGAAUCCAAUUCUACCAGGAUUCAACCCCGACCCAAGUUGUAUAUUCGUGAAAGAAUGGGACAAUACCUUCUUUUGCACCACCUCGUCGUUUUUGACAUUCCCAAGCGUCCCUCUUUUUGCUAGCAAGGACUUGGUCCACUGGAAGCACGCGAGCUAUGCUAUCAGUCGCGGUGACCAGCUACCUGAGUUAUACCGAAACAGUGCAUUGCAAACCGAAGGAACUUGGGCAUCGACCCUUCGAUACCGUGAUGGCACAUUCUACCUAAUCACUAGCUACGUGUCCUGGCAUGACGGUUGGGGGCCCAUCAUUCUUCUUGUAACUACGACUAAUCCUUACGAUGACGCCUCUUGGAGUGGACCGGUUCGAUUCGAGAACCCGGAAAAAGAAAUUGAUCCGGAUCUGUUCUGGGAUGAUGAUGGGAAAUUCUACAUGAGCGUCGCGAGAGGCAUAUUCAUUCAUCAGGUUGACAUCUCCACUGGCAAAGUGUUGGAGACAUUCACCGUUUGGAACGGUACUGGCGACCGAAAUCCCGAGGGACCGCAUAUAUAUAACAAAGAUGGGUAUUACUAUCUCGGCAUCGGUGAGGGUGGCACAGAGACAAACCACUCAGCGGUGAUAUCUCGGUCAAGAAGUAUCUCUGGGCCCUAUGAGGGGUAUGAGAGAAACCCUAUGCUCACUGCCAAAAAUACGGACGCCUUCUUUCAGACUGUGGGACAUACAGACUUUUUCCAGGAUGCCGCCGGAAAUUGGUGGUGCGUGGCGCUGGCCACUCGGUCUGGCCCAGCCUGGGAGAUAUAUCCUAUGGGCAGGGAGACUGCCCUGUCGCCGAUGACGUGGGAUGAGGGUGGAUGGCCGAUCAUCGAUCCAAUCCAAGGAACAAUGAGCGGACCCCUUCCACCUAAGAACACAGAUCUUCCCGGGGACGGCUUCUGGGCUCAUGAAGGGGACGAAGAAGAUUUCCGGCCUGGGACACAAAUUCCAAGACAGUUUCUCUUCUGGCGACCACCCAAAGAAAGCCUUUUCGAAGUGUCUCCGGCUGGUCAUCCCAACUCGCUACAGGUGUCUCCAUCAAGAGUGAAUCUUACUGCAGAUUCUCAAUUUGAACCACUUGAAGAGGGGAUGGGAUUUAUAUCUCGGAAACAGUCAAGCUCGGUCUUUCAAUUUACAGUCGAUCUCGAAUUCGACCCUAAGGAAGCCGAUGAAGAGGCAGGGGCUACAGUAUUUCUAACUCAGUACCAGCAUAUCGACGUCAGCGUUAUCAAUACCCGUUCUUGUUCUACUGGAGAAUUGGAGCGAAAGUUCAGGUUCAGGCCAGAGGCUCUGGGUAAACCGGGAGUUGAGGUCCCGCCCACAAGAACAAUUACCGUCCCGCAGGCUUGGGCUGGAAAACACAUCAGAGUUGCCAUUACGCUGGACGAGAGUCAGACCUACAAUUUUACCGUGGCUCCAGUUGAUGAACCCGAUGACGAAAUUUGGAUGGGCUCGGCUAAUGCGGAUAUUGUGUCGGGCGGAUCAGGCCCUUUUCACGGUACACUUCUUGGCGUGUUUGCCACGAGUAACGGCCGCACCGGCAAAACUGCAGCCUACUUUAGUCGUUGGAGGUAUAAUCCACUGAAGCAAGAGGUGGAAUCUGGGGUAUUUCUGCCAAUCAAGGAAUAG